CGGAUUAUGAGCGGAGUCACCCGGUGCUACAGCUGUCAUAACAGCGGAUUAACAUUCUAUGUGUCGAUGCUAAUUGAACUCAGCUGUAUUCUUUCUUGCUUCUUCUUGUAAUUUUGCGGUCAUAGCGAUAGGACGUGAUUUUGUGUAUGCAAAGAAAAAAUGAAUUUAAAUGAAGAAUAAACUGAAGUUAAAUAGUGUAUAUGAUUCUUAUUUGCGAACCCCAUUACUAUGAUGCCAAAGCAGUGAGGCAUCACAACUAUUCAUUGGUGGCCCAUGAGGGGAACCUUGCUCAUAAGAAUCAUAAUUAAGAAUUGCUAAAGGCUGUUUGGCAAUUUUUUAUCUUCGUUGUCGGCUUCAUCCAGAUAAAUCAACGUGCCUACGUUUGCUAUCGCGCUCGCUCUCAUCACGACAGAGCUAAGUCCCGUUGCCCUUCGAUUCCGUUAGAUUUGCCGAAAUCUCGUCCAACUUUAAAACAAGACGUCAAAGAAGAACAUAGAAUAAAAUACGAGCAUUUGUGCACAUUCCAUACAGUGGAGCAAAGUCAGUAUAAACAAUGUCGAAAUUUGAUCAAUUGGUGCGAGUUCAAACUGACCGCAUUGAGUCUUUGAAGCGUUUGUUCAGUAAUGUGAAAAAGGACUCGAGUGCGCGGAAAACGGAAAUAUAUUUCGAAAAACGUUUGAAUCAAAUCGACGAGUUUAACAAAGAAUUUCAUCAGGCGCAUCACACACUUAUAUGCAUGGCAGACUACGAAGAAAGUGUGUAUAAGCAACAAAAUACAAUCAGCCAAUUCGAAGACCUGGGCAUGGAAGUUUACUGUUUUGUGGCAGAAGAAAAGAAACGAAUUUAUCCAGUUACAGUGACGCACAACGAAUCAACUAACUCUACAAUAACAACACAUGUAGAGGAAGUACGGAUACCAUUGCCAAAAUUACCAGUUCCGAAAUUCUCUGGCAACUGCGCGGACUGGCCAAGUUUUCAUGAUGCAUUUUUACGCUUAAUUCACAAUAAUGAACGUCUGGAUAAGAUUCAAAGGUUCCAUUUUUUAAAGGAAGCAUUACCAGUAGGCCUGGACAACGACAUUCGCCAAAUCGCUUUAACUGAAGCAAACUAUGAAGUCGCUUGGACCACACUUCUACAACGGUAUAACAACCCACGCAUUGUGUUCGCCAGCCACAUGAACAUGCUCUACAACUUACCGAGUCUUUCUAAAGAAAAAUCUGCUGACAUACGGUCUAUGGUUAGUACAGUCAACGUCUGCAUUGCCGCUUGCAAUACCGUCAAGGCGCCACUACAGGGAGGAGAUUUUUGGCUGACUCAUUAUCUAACAACCAAACUACCUAAAGACACUCACACAGCAUGGGAGCAUCAUCUGGGCAGCAAGAUUGACGUUCCUUCAUACAAAGAUCUGCAACAGUUCCUCAAUGAUCGACUUGUUACGUUAGACGCUAUUGAAAGCCGUAACGCGUGCAGCGGCAUGAAACAGUCAAAUGAAACUUCAGAAGGUACUAAACGCGUGCGUGUGCACAGCGCCCACACCAGGUCGGGUGCUUCCGCGUCCGCUUGCUAUCAUUGUGGCAGUUUACACAUCCUUCGAAGAUGUCCGCAAUUUCUUUCAAUGGAUUGCUACCAACGGAAAGAAGUGGCCAGCAAGGCAAAAUUAUGUCUAAAUUGCCUGGGAAAAUCGCACACACAAGCAAGCUGCCCCAGCAAUAAGAAUUGUCUUCAUUGUGGUCAACGUCAUCACACGAUGUUACAUUUUCCAGUAACACAGCCAACGCUGAUACCCUCCUCGACAUCAUGCCAAAGCUCGGCAGCCAGUUCAGAUGCCAAGCCGACUCUACAGUGCAUGUCAACUACAACUUCAUCUAUGACUCAUCGAAAGGUACUACUAGCAACAGCUCGGGUUGUACUCAGUAACACACAGACAGGAUGCCAGGCCACGGUAAACGCGCUUCUUGACCAAGGAUCUGAAGCAACUAUCAUUUCGGAGCAUGCUGUACAGUCUCUCCAGCUCUCCCGAAGCACAACUCGCACUUCAAUCACCGGAGUCGGUCAAGAUUCAGGCCGACGCUGCAAAUUCAUCGUAAGUUGUUCGGUGCAAACAGCAACUAACCCAAAUUUCUCGUUAAAGGUCGACGAUGCUUAUGUUUUGAACACGUUGACAUCACACAUGCCAAGUCAAAGUUUUCCAGCAGGAAACUGGAGUCAUAUCCAUGGUCUCAUGCUCGCAGACCCCUAUUACUAUAGAUCCAAGCGAAUCGACAUAAUUUUUGGAGCCGACCUUAUGGCACAACUCUUGUUACCUGGAACUAAGAUUGGCUUGCCAAACGAACCCAUAGCGCAGAAUACUCAACUCGGAUGGGUUCUGUUAGGCAAUGUUGGCAACACGCAUAUUACACGCCACAUUCGUUGUAAUCAUGCCAUAAUAAACUCCGAAGAGCUGCUUAAAGUAUUCUGCGAGGUAGAAUCAGUUCCAGAACGCCCAAAGCUCUCCAAAGAAGAUCAAUGGUGUGAGUCUUUCUUUAAACAGACCCAUCAACGUCAACCAGACGGCAGUUAUCAAGUCCGUUUGCCAUUCAAGAGGAACUUUGAUCCCAGUAUGACGCUCGGAAAAUCUCAUCAGAUCGCCCUGAACAGAUAUCUUCAACUCGAAAGGCGCCUUCAAAGGGACCCCGACAAAUGGAGAAGAUACUGCAAAGGAAUUGAAGAAUAUUUUCAACUAGGUCAAAUCACGUUGGCAGAGACGAGCGAAAACUCAACCAUAACCACGGAUUCCUACGGUCAGCAUGUUGCAUCAUGCGUGCUACCACAUCAUGCAGUUUUCAAAGAAGAAAGUCUCACCACAAAACAACGUAUCGUUUUUGACGCAUCGGCCCGGACCUCAAAUGGCAGAUCGUUAAACGAUGUACUAUGUGUAGGUCCCACGCUGCAAAAUGAUCUGCCAGCCGUUCUCUUAAAUUGGAGACAAUAUCAGUUUGUUUUCACUGCCGAUAUACAACGAAUGUAUCGCUGUAUCAAUGUCCACCCUGAUGACACGCAGUACCAGAGGAUUUUAUGGCGGGCGGCGGAUGGAGUCAUCAAACAGCAUUGCUUAACUACCGUCACGUUUGGAACAGCGUCUGCACCUUAUACAGCUAUAAGAGUCAUCCAUCAAAUAGCUGAAGACACACAGACAAAACAUCCUAUGGCAUCCAACGUUCUCAAAAAUGAGAUGUAUGUCGACGACAUUCUCUCAGGCGAUCAUUCACAAGAGGCAGCAAUACGGAAAAGUUUGCAAACUAUGCUAGCUUUAAAAUCCUCUGGCAUGGAGCUACGAAAAUGGGCUAGUAAUGACCAGGAGCUGAUGGCAACGAUACCUCUCGAGCAUCGAUGCAAGCAGACAUCCCUCAGUUGGGACAAUGCGGACACCAUCAAAACACUGGAUUUGGUAAUUCAACACUCUCAUCAGCUCACUCUACAUGGCGGCGCUCAAUUAACACUGUCUCACAUACGAUACAAAUUCUGGAUUCCCAGAGGCAGACAAGCAGUCAGGCGAAUCAUCCGGAAAUGCGUCCCAUGUUUUAAGGUAGCUCCAGUCGUAGCGAAGCAAUUAAUGGGUGACUUGCCAGUACAUCGAGUCAACCCCCCAACUCGUCCGUUCAUUACAACAGGAGUUGACUACACCGGUGCGAUUGAACUUCAAGCCGCGCGUGUACGAGGAUCUACUACCUACAAAGGCUAUGUAGCCAUUUUUAUAUGCUUAGCAACCAAGGCAGUCCACUUGGAAGCCGUCACUGGACUUUCAACAGAGCACUUCCUGCAAGCAUUUACGCGAUUCACCGGACGUCGAGGACAAGUUCAACAUAUGUAUAGUGAUAACGGCACAAAUUUUGUUGGCGCGAGUACAUCGCUUAACCAGCCCAUCACUUGCAAAGCAGCCCUAAAUGAAUCGACAUGCCAACAUGGGACAAGGUGGCAUUUCACACCUCCAUAUUCUCCCAAUUUUGGUGGCAUCUGGGAGGCAAACGUGAAAGCAAUGAAGCAUCAUCUUAAACGGAUCGUCGGCAGCCACAAGCAGACGUAUGAGGAGCUUACUACAGUUUUGAUCAGGAUUGAAGCAUGUUUGAACUCACGUCCACUUUGCCCGCUAACCGCCGACCCUGACGAUUUAGAAGUGCUAACUCCAGCACAUUUCUUAAUUGGUGACGCACUACUGGCACCGCCACAAGGUCGGCCGAAUAAUAAGCCUUUGCGUGAACUGUUUCUUGCACAACAACACAUGAUGCGACAAUUCUGGUCCCAAUGGUCUCGUGAUUGGUUGUCACACUUGCAAACUCGGCCUAAGUGGUGCCAAAUCAAAGAGAAUCUUAACAUCAACGACUUAGUCAUUAUAAAGGAUGAUAAUCUACCACCAGCUAAAUGGACUAUAGGCCGAGUCGUCGAACUGCACCCUGGAACGGACUCGCUAGUCAGAGUGGUUACAUUAAAGACGAAAUCUGGCAUUCAAAAGAGGUCAAUCACAAAGCUUUGUCCACUUCCUAUUUCAACAUAAUUAUGAUCAACACACGGAUCAAGAAUAACAAGGAGCCUUCAUGCUGGACGACGCAUUGGCGGGCGGCAUGUACGGAUUAUGAGCGGAGUCACCCGGUGCUACAGCUGUCAUAACAGCGGAUUAACAUUCUAUGUGUCGAUGCUAAUUGAACUCAGCUGUAUUCUUUCUUGCUUCUUCUUGUAAUUUUGCGGUCAUAGCGAUAGGACGUGAUUUUGUGUAUGCAAAGAAAAAAUGAAUUUAAAUGAAGAAUAAACUGAAGUUAAAUAGUGUAUAUGAUUCUUAUUUGCGAACCCCAUUACUAUGAUGCCAAAGCAGUGAGGCAUCACAACUAUUCAAACAGAAUGACCACGCUUGAUUGGACGUGGAUUUCCUGCGAGCGAGUGCAGCUGCCGGCGAUCGCGGUCAAAAGAACCUCAUAAAAUAACAACCAGAUCACCGAACCUUUCCAGAUUGACCCAAUUUCGGAGAACCGGCUCGAGAAGCGGCCGAGCUUGGAAGGCUGGGUGUCGAAUGGAGGGCAUCAAAGGUGUUAAAAAAAACACACACACACAACCAGUUCCAGAUCCGAGGCAUUCUAGAUGGCUAUCGCUGGGAAGGGUACGACCACAACCACAUAGGUUUGCAUAAAAUUUCACCAAAUACAAUAUAGUAUGAGUACCAAAAAGUUGGCGUACUUUCGUUCGGACCUCGAGACA